GGGGGGAUACGAGUGGUGCUGGGGAUGUGAGAGACGCUGCCGGGAGUAGCGAAGGAAGAGAGGCGAUGAACGUGGGUAAUAGGGAAGGAAGAGGCUGUGGUGGGUUUGGGGGGGUGAUUAUACUACUGGGUGGGGAGAGAGGGUGCUGGAUGUCAGGCACGAGGGGAAGGGAAUGCCGUGAUGGGGAAGAGGAGGAGAAGGUCGAAGAGAAGAGAAAAGAGGAGGAGGAGCAGGUGCACGAAAGGGGUCAGAAGAAUAUCGAAAGUGAGUUCGCUCAGUUCGAUAGCCAGCUCCAACAAACAGUCACUCCCGGUCUUCUGUUUACGCUCUUCCUUUUCCUCAGCAAGAUCAAGCUGGGCCUUUUACUUCCCAUUCUCAUGUUUACGAUCACGGGCACAUACCUCUUCUCAUUACCUCCCCACUUACUCAUCCUGCACCUCAACAAUCUUACCACCAUCAUCAAAGGGGUUCAGCAGUCGGAAUGCACACCCCUGGUAACCGAGAUGGGCCCCAGUUAUUCUAUCCCCCGCAUUUCAACCCAGCACUCGGCUCUGAGUCCCUACAGCCCGUUGGGUGCCGGAAAAUCAAUGUCUUGUGGGACAAACGAGAACAUGAACAUGAUGAACUUGAGAGCCAAGUGUCUGGGGCCCUUUGUUAAUGGAUUUCGGAAGAGGUGCAGUGGUGAGGGAUCAAGCGGUGAGGGCAAGGAUGACAACAAGAUUCAUGCGUCAGGGGCAAAGUUCAAGUGCCAUCGGUUAUGGGAGCAAAGGUGCCAAGCUGCCCCUGGGCAGGAAUGGCUGGAAGCCAAGGCCAUGCAUGCGUGGAAGUAAGUGAAUGUUAGGCGGCGAUGGGGAAUCCAGAGUGGUGAGGAAAGUCAAAAGUUCGGGCAGAGAUGAGAGAGGGACAG